AUGUUUUCAAAUCGUCUUAAAUCAGAGCAGCUCUCGCACAGAGCCGCUCUCGCACAGAGGCGCUCUCGCAUAGAGGCGCUCUCGCACAGAGCAGCUCUCGCACAGAGCCGCUCUCGCACAGAGCCGCUCUCGCACAGAGCCGCUCUCGCACAGAGCAGCUCUCGCACAGAGCCGCUCUCGCACAGCUCUCGCACAGAGACGCUCUCGCACAGAGGCGCUCUCGCACAGAGCAGCUCUCGCACAGAGCAGCUCUCGCACAGAGCAGCUCUCGCACAGAGCCGCUCUCGCACAGAGCCGCUCUCGCACAGAGCCGCUCUCGCACAGAGCAGCUCUCGCACAGAGGCGCUCUCGCACAGCUCUCGCACAGAGGCGCUCUCGCACAGAGCCGCUCUCGCACAGAGCAGCUCUCGCACAGAGCAGCUCUCGCACAGAGCCGCUCUCGCACAGAGCCGCUCUCGCACAGAGCAGCUCUCGCAGAGCCGCUCUCGCACAGAGCAGCUCUCGCACAGAGCCGCUCUCGCACAGAGCCGCUCUCGCACAGCUCUCGCACAGAGCCGCUCUCGCACAGCUCUCGCACAGAGCAGCUCUCGCACAGCUCUCGCACAGAGGCGCUCUCGCACAGAGGCGCUCUCGCACAGAGCCGCUCUCGCACAGAGACACUGA